AAUAAAUAUAAUACAUUUGAAUAAUGCUUAUUUAAUGCACCUUCAUGUAGAAGUAAACUAAUAACGAUUGCUUAAAUAUAUUAUUUAUUUAUUUUUCCCCCCUUGAAUUUCUUUGUACUUAAGUCUUAAUUUUCUUAUUAUUUAUUUUAUAUUUUUAAAUCGUUUAAUCGUUUAAAGGAAGUGACUAUUUGACCGGAAGUGCUGGAUACGCGGGACUUUUAAUUUUCUACAGCGGCAAAAACAUGAAAACAGGCAGUUGAAGUUUAUCACAAAUCGGGUGGGUAAUAACAGUAUGUAACAUUUUUAACACAUUAGUUACGCUACAUUCGUGACGAGUGUCAGUAGGUUACUGCGAAAGAAAAGUAAACGCAGGCUAAGUUAGCAACAAAACUAUCGUUAAUUAAAAGUGCAAACGUUAUCACUUUAUUUUGCAUUUAACUUAACAUUUUCUGUUAUAUUCGUGGCUUACUGUUGUUUACAAUGUCUGUCCUGAAUAUUAGUUAAUAAAAGAGGUAGUCACAUUGUUAGCCGAGUUAUUAGGAUUUAUCGUCUUUGCUUUGUUUACUUUACAUGGUGUUGUGUUGUCAGGUGCCUAAGUACUUGACAGACGUUCAGUCAGUGUCUAAAACUUUCUCAUUUCAGCUCAAUCUUAAAUCCAUUGUCUAACGGAAACUAUUAAUAUUGUUUUAAUGACGGCAAACAUUUGCUCCAACCUGCUUUGCAUUUUUAGCAGUGACUAGAUUAAUAUGCGGCUAUGUGAAAGAGUAAAACAUUUGUUAAACUCUGUUGUUGUUGUUUUUGUUGUGAGUUAUUUGACCAUGUAACAGGGUCUGCACUGGGGGUUAUUGCUUAUUUAAACCAUCCUUCAGUUUGACAGGUUAAUAAAGACAGGAGUUUAUUGUCAAGCCGCUGUCAAUGUGUCUGUAGCGGGUCAUGGCUGUUGGAGAGCUCUGUUUGAUUGAUAAGGACAUUUCAAGUCUGCUAGAGAUACCACUUAAUCCCAGCAUCUCAUCUCUGAAUCUUCACUGUAAUCGCCUCUGUAAGAUUGAAGGCUUGGCGACAGCAUGGCAUAUUCGACAUCUGGACCUGUCAUCCAAUCGCAUCUGUCGUAUAGAGGGAUUAGUUUCUCUUUCCUCACUACGCACCUUAAACUUGUCUUGUAAUUUAAUCACUAGGGUGGAAGGGCUCAAUGGACUAACAAACCUUACAAGUCUAAAUUUAGCCUACAAUCAAAUAAAUGACCUAACUGGCCUCUUAUAUCUUCAUGGAGCUGAGUACAAACUAAAACACCUGCAGCUCCACAGCAAUCGUCUGGAUAGUAUGAACCAUCUGCUGCAGUGCAUGGUGGGACUGCAAAAUCUGAAAGAUGUUACUCUCAGCAAGGAUGGCUCACAGAAUCCAGUCUGCUCACUGCCAGGCUAUAGAGAUAUGGUUCUUCAGUCUCUGUCUCGAAUCACUACACUGGAUGGAGUAGAUCGCCUGGGAAACAUUUCUCCUUUAGCAGAGGACAGUCCUAUGGAUGUUCCUGGCCUUGAGGAUUUUCUAGAGUUUCUCAUUUCAUCAGACGCUAGCGUUACUGGAGAUCCGGCAAAGUCAGACACUCUUCUCAAUACUCCACGGAUUGAUGAGGUCCUUACCCAAUUUCAUCAGCGAGGUGAAAAACCAGCCGCAGAAAAUCAGGAAAAUGAGCUACGUAUUAAAAAACUAGAGCAGCAGGUUUCCCAUCUCAUUCAGAAGGUCCCAGCAGGGGAUGCCUUUAAAACGAGCCAUGCUUUACCUUCUGCAGUACGUAAGGCUAAAAAAGAUACUGAUCAGACAUCAGAGAGUGAAUGUGACAGCACAAAAGAGAACCAGCGGCAUUCCAGAAUCCCAGCUCGUCCGAAAGGCUCUGCAGCGAAAAAAAUCACCAAGGACAUCAGACCCAAAUCUGCAUGUGUAACAGACACACAGAAGCAAAGACCCUUAAAACAGGCUGCUGGCACCCGUAGGAAGACGUCUAUCCAUAGCUCUGGAUCUGUGGAAACAGUUGAGCCUAUAACAAAAGGCCCCAAAACAAUCACAGCAAGUCCUAACAAAAGCUCAGGUCAAUCCCAGCAGGAAACCUAUAGGGCAAUAGUGGAAGAGCGAGACCAAGAGCGCGAGCGUCGGUGGAAGGCAGAGCAGGCUGUGAAAAGGCUCACAGAACAAGUCAAGAACCUGCAGACUCAAGCCAGUGAGGAAAAGGACCUACAGAGUUUAGCCCUGCACACCACGGACAGGUUGAAGGAGAUGCUGUUAAAAGAGCGAUCAGAUAGGGCAGGACUGCAAACCCGCCUGCAGGAGCUGGAGGAAAGAUACAGGUCAACGGUAGAGCAGAUGGAGCAGACGCGCAACCGAGAAGACCAACACAAGAGGGCGCUGUGCAGUCUGGAGGACAGCAUGAGCCAAGCAGAGGCUGUCAGGGUACAGCAGCGUGCAGAAGAGAUCAAGAGGACUCAGGAGCUGGAGAACAAGGUGUCUGCUUUUAAAAGGGAAGUUGAAAUACUCCGAGCAUCAGCACGACAUCACAAAGAGAAGCUACAGCAGUUGCAUGAACUCUUGGCCUCUAGAGAGGAGAUGCACAGGAAGGAGCUUGCAUCGCGGCUGCUUCCUGGUGGGACUGAGUUCAAGGACGCUGUAGCCAAAGAGGUAGAGGCUACAGAGAAAAGAUUUGCGCAGAAACAGGCUGAGAUGGAGCAAAAGAUUGCAGAUUCGCAAAAGCAGUACGCCGCCCUGGAGGAUGAAUUUCGCAUGGCUCUUACCAUUGAAGCAAAGCGUUUCUCAGAGGUAAAGGAGGCGUUUGAUCAGAUGUCUUCUGAGCUGUUAGAAGUGAAAUCAAGCCUCAGCCAGUCACGGCGAAAAGAGAAACAAUCAGCCUCUCUGGUGCAAGAGCUCACAACUAUGGUGAAGGAGCAAAAAACAAGAAUAGCCGAGCUUGUCAAAGCCAAACGAGAAGCUGCAACUGAGUUUAAGGACCGUGUGCAGUCAUUGGAAUCCAGGUUAGAAGACGAUAAACGUCUCAGUCUACAGGUGGAGCUACUGAAGAAGGACAAGUCCAAGCUGCUUUCCCAGCUUACAGCUCAAGAGUCUGUCAUAGAUGGCCUACGGGCAGAGAGAAAGCUCUGGGGCCAGGAACUUGCACAGCAAGGUGCAUCCUUAGCACAGGAUCGUGGUCGACUAGAGGCCAGAAUUGAGAUUUUGUUAAGCGAACUGGAAUCGCAGAAAAAACAGAAUGAGAAAGACAAUGAUGCGCUCAGGAUUAAAGCCAAGAUUGUUGAUGACCAGACAGAGACUAUUCGUAAAUUAAAGGAGGCACUGCUUGAGCGAGAUGAGCAGAUCCGUAAACUGCGUGAUGAGAGUGUGCAGGAGCAGCGAAAGUUAAAACAGCAGCUGGAGGAGGACAUGGCAUCUGCAGCGGAGCUCAGAGACAACGUGGAGCAGCUUAGUCUCAGGAAGGAGGAGCUAAAACAACAGCUCCUUGAUAAGGAGGCAGAGCUUGAUGAGGUCAAAGAGACCUACAGGGCUUCAAGUAGGAAAUGGCAGGAAAAGGCAGAACUGUUGAAUAGGCUUGAGAGCCAGGUGAAACGAAUGAAGGAGGGUUUUGAUUCCAAAGAGAGAGCUUUGGUGGAGGAAAGAGACAAAGCUUCACAAGCACACAGAGCGGCAGUGGAGAAGCUUCACUGUGUGGACGAUGCUUUUCGUAGACAACUGGAAUCUUUGCAGGCAUCCCAUCAGGCUGAGCUACUUCGUCUUGCCAAUGACAAACAGAAACAGAUAGAGCAAGCCAAUCAAAAGGUGCUCCAGGUGGAGGAGGAAAUGCGCCAGCUGCUUGAGGAAACUGAGAGUAAUAAAAGAGUAAUGGAGGAGAAAAUGAGACGCCUCACACAAGUGCUAAAAGACUUUUAACAUCUGAUACAUUACGAUGCCACGAGACAAAAAUACUUGAGAGAUGCCUUUAUUUUAAAAUCACAGGAUUUUGUUACUUAUACUACUGUCUGGUUCUUAUUUUGGUUGCCAACAUGAUCGUGAUGUUGAACUGUUUUUAAAGACAAAUUACAAUACAUACAAAUUAGGGAUGCACAACGAUUAAUCGCGAUUAAUCUAUAGCAGAAUAAAAGGUUUUGUUUACAUCAUAUAUGUGUGUCAACUGUGUAUAAUAACUUUGUAUAGAUAUAUACAUGCAUGUGUUUGCAUGUAUUUAAGAAAUGUUUAAAUGUGUUUAUGCAUUUGUAUAUUUAUGUAUAAUUUAUAUUAUAUAAAAA